AUGGCAUCUGAGCAGACGCCCCGCACCACCGCCACCGCCGCCGCCUCUUCCGCAAACACCAACGACACCACCACCCCCGACACCUCACACUACACCACGGCCCCGCACGCCACCUCGGCGCCGCCCCAGGUCGUCGAGCACACCAACAGCUGGAAGCCCUCGUUCGGCCGCCGCCAGAGCUGGAACCAGGAGGACCAGAAGCGCGAGCUGCAGAUGAGCCACAUCGACGACGUCAAGACCGGACCCGGCUUCACCGAACGCGCCUAG